AUGACUGUUUCUUAUGGUCCUCACCCUUUGAAACCCUUAAAUACAAAUACGAGACAUGGGUUCGAUGAACAAUAUAAUAGUGAACAGUUUUUAGAAACUCUAGCACAAAACUUUAUCUUUUAUUUUGAUGAUAAAAGGCACAGAAGAAAUGGUAAUCCUACUCCAGAGAAUGAAAUACUUGAAGAUGAAGAUAGUUAUUUCCAACCUAUUACAGAUUGGAAAAUUAUGAAGGAUAGACAGAAAACUGUGAGUGCUGCUCUUUUACUAUGUCUUAACUUGGGUGUUGAUCCACCAGAUGUUAUAAAGACUAAUCCAUGUGCAAGAAUCGAAGCCGGUGUUGAUGCAUUGACUUUUCAAGACUCUAAGAAAGCUAUUGAACAAAUAGGUAAGAACUUACAAUCUCAAUAUGAGACAUUGUCUUUAAGAACUAGGUUCAAACAAAGUUUAGAUCCUUGUGUGGAAGAUGUGAAAAGAUUUUGUAACUCGCUCAGACGAACUUCAAAGGAUGAUAGAAUAUUGUUUCAUUACAAUGGCCAUGGUGUUCCUAAACCUACUCCUUCAGGUGAAAUUUGGGUUUUCAAUAGAGGGUACACACAAUAUAUUCCAGUUUCUUUGUAUGAUUUGCAAACUUGGUUAGGUGCUCCAUGUAUAUUUGUUUAUGAUUGUAACAGUGCAGGUAACAUAGUUACAAAUUUCCAAAAUUUUGUACAAAAAAGAAUAAAAGAUGAUGAAAGUGGGAAACAUGAUGUUGCAGCUCCAUCUCCAACGUCAGCAUAUAAAGAAUGCUUCCAACUAGCAUCUUGUAGAGCCGAUGAGUUGCUAUUAAUGGCACCCGAAUUACCUGCUGAUUUAUUCACAUGUUGUCUAACUAACCCGAUUGAUAUUAGUGUUAAAGUAUUCUUAAUGCAAUCGCAUUUAAAAAAUUCAAAGUACAAAGUGUUUUUCGAAUCUUCUAACGAAUUCAGCUCUGAUGAAAAAGAAUUUCCAGAAUUAAAAACACCAAAUAUUAAGGUCCCAGGGAUGUUAUCUGAUAGAAGGACUCCUUUGGGAGAAUUAAAUUGGAUUUUUACAGCAAUUACUGACACGAUAGCAUGGACAUCUUUACCAAGGCCUCUUUUUAAAAAGCUUUUUAGACAUGACCUAAUGGUCGCUGCAUUAUUCAGAAACUUUUUAUUAGCAAAAAGAAUUAUGCCUUGGUAUAAUUGCCAUCCUGUAUCUGAUCCCUCAUUGCCGGAAAGUAUAGCCGAACAUCCAAUGUGGAAAUCUUGGGAUCUGGCUCUAGAUGAAGUCUUAAGCAAAUUGGUUGACAGCUUGGAAAAUAACCCUCAAGCCCGUACAACAGAUGCAACUACGCUAUUUAGACAGCAAGAUACUGCCCAAAAUCAGCAACCCAAGCAACAACAGCAACAACUUAAACAACAACAGGAGGUAAAACCUGGAAGCAUUCAGAAUCAUUCAAGAUUUGCAGUUGGAAAUCUAAGUACAAUGUCAUUAGCAACACAUCCUGCAUUAAACAAUCAAAAAAGAUCAAGCACAGUAAAUUUUCAAAAUGGAGUGCAGCCAGUUCAGAAACAAUUCACUGGAUUUUUUGAACAAAACCUAACUGCAUUUGAGCUCUGGUUAAAAUAUGCAUCAAAUACAAGAAAUCCUCCAGAGCAAUUGCCAAUUGUUCUUCAAGUCUUAUUAUCACAGGUACAUCGUAUUAGAGCAUUAGUACUUUUAUCUAGAUUUUUGGAUUUGGGUCCAUGGGCAGUCUAUUUGUCACUUUCAAUUGGUAUAUUUCCGUAUGUAUUGAAACUAUUACAAAGUCCUGCUCCUGAACUGAAACCAAUUUUAGUGUUUAUUUGGGCAAGAAUUAUGGCGAUCGACUAUAAAAGUAUCCAAGCAGAUUUGUUAAAAGAAAGAGGAUAUGUUUACUUUGUGUCAAUACUUGUUCCAGAUUGGAAUUCUCCUCAACUCCCAACAAGCAGUUCUUCUCUGAAUAAUGGAUCCCCACUUACUAUGACGGCUAAACCAUCAGUUAGUAUCUUAAGGAACCAGUCAUCCCAACAAUUAGGAAAUAACAGUAUAGACACUAUAACUAAUCAUUAUUCCAACGAAACGACAGAUGAUCAAAAAGCGAUGGCUGUAUUCAUUUUAUCUGCUUUCAUCAGAGAUUUUCCUCAUGGUCAAAAACAAUGCUUCAACAUGGAUUUGGUAAAAAGAUUGUGUUAUUACAUUGAUAAUUCAGGAGUACCACUUUUAAGACAAUGGUCGAUUAUUCUUCUAGGUCAAUUUUUUGAAAAACACCCUUUGCACAGGUACAUAUGCAUGGAAUUAGGUGUCCUUGACUCGAUAUUGAAGUCUUUAAAUGAUCCAGUCCCUGAGAUAAGAGCUGCAAGUUUACUGUCAUUAUCGUCCUAUAUUUCAGAUCCAGACGAAUCUGAAAUUCUUUUAAGGCUACAGCAAGAACUAGAACAACAAUAUCAACAAUUACAUACUCAAUUGCAACAAAUACAAAAUGCUACUCAUCAACAAUAUCAACAAAUUGAGCAACAACAAAUGAAAAUUGAACGUCAGCUACAGCAUUGUCAAGAAAUUCAAUCUAAGCUUCAAAAUGUUGAUUUUGAGAAGCUUAAGGAGCAAAGUAUAUCUAAUUUGAUAUCAAUUUUACCAUUAAUCAAUGAUGGAUCACCUCUUGUAAGGAAGGAGAUUAUUAUUUAUUUUUCAAAAGUUGUUAAUAGGUAUAUCAACUUUUUUAUCGUAGUUGCAUUUGAUCUUUUGAAUGAAGAAAUAACACAGCUAGAAGGUAUUGGUAAAAAUAAAGAUCUCAAUGAGAAGUCAACUUUCAGUCAAGGAUCUAUUUUCAGUUCUAUUUGGAAAGGUUUGUUAAUAUUAGCAAGUGAUCCAUUCCCAGAGAAUAGUGUAUUGGCAGGAAAAAUUAUUGAUUAUAUUCUAAUAGAAAUUAGCUUUCAUAAAGAUUUAGGGCCUCCAUUUCUCAAAAUGGAAGAAUAUUUAAUAAAGAGAAGCUCGAAUUUGAACCAAAAUGGCUCUAAGGGAUUUGAUGCCUCACAAGUACAAGUAAUAGGAAGGAAUAAUAACCAAGCAUCAAAUAACAAUUCUGAAGAAAUACUGAGCGAUGAAAGCAGUCACCAUGAUGAAUUACAAGGACAGUUCUUUUUGACAAAGUUUUUUAGUACUCUUGGAUUUAAGGAUCAUGAUGAUAAAGGAUAUAGUUCAUCAACUACACAUACUCAAACCCCAAAAUCAGAUUCCAGUGGGAACCGUUCUUCUAACGGUUCGGGGUUGAAAUCAAAUGGUGGUGGAGUUAAAAAAGAAACAGAACAAAUUAUACUUCCACUUCAAAGUUCACUCCUAACUUAUUGUUACGAAUAUUUUCAGGAACCUCAGAUGAGAAAACAAGAAACGGAUGAACCAGGGAGUGUAAAUUAUAAUAUUCGAAUUUGGAGAAGGAAUAGGAAUGAAAAGAUUAUUGAAGAGACUCAGGCUGAAAAGACUUUGUCUCUGUAUGGAGACUGGUCUAAUAGGUUAAUAACAUUUGAUAAUAAAUCCCAACCGAAAAUUAUGGAAUUUACACAGUUUGAUGAUUAUUUGGUUGUAGCAGAUGAAAGAGAUUAUAUUACUGUAUAUGAUUGGGAAAAAGAUUCGGUAAUAUCUAGAUUUUCUAAUGGUAAUCCUUUUGGUACUAAAGUUACUAGUUUGAAAUUCAUCAACGAAGACGAUUCAUCUCUUUUGAUGACUGGUUCCUCUGAUGGUAUAGUUAAUAUUUACAAAGGAUUUGAUGACAUUGAAUCUAAUCAAGUAGUUACUGCUUGGAGAGGUUUGACAGAUAUGUUGCUUACUCCAAGAUCUAGUGGAUUAUUAAUAGACUGGCAGCAAAUUCGUGGGUCACUGCUCGCUACUGGUGACGUUAAAGUAAUUAGGAUAUGGGAUGCUCAUUCUGAAACCGUAGAGAUCGAUAUUCCAGCUAAGACAUCUUCUUUAGUCACUUCUAUUACUUCGGAUCAAUUAGCAGGGGAUAUUUUUGUAUGUGGUUUUGCAGAUGGUACAUUAAGGGCAUACGAUCGUAGAUUGGAUCCAAGAGAUGCGAUGGUACGUUUGUGGAGGACUUCUUCUAAUAGAAAUUCUCGUUCCGCUAUCACAAAUGUUCAUUUACAAAGAGGCGGUUACAGAGAAUUAGCUAGUGGUACUGCUAAUGGUAUGGUUGAACUGUGGGAUAUAAGAUCCCAAGAUAGUGUAUCGUCUUUCAAUGUGGGAGGUUCAAAUAUGGAACAGAGUGGAACUCAAAAGAUGACUACAAUGACAUGUAUGCAAUUGCAUGAACAUGUACCUGUAAUUGCUACAGGUACGAAACAGAUCAACCUUUGGACAACUUCUGGUGAUUUGCUUUCUAGUUUUAAUAACGUACACCAUAAUGGUGGUGUUGCUGGAACUCUUGCAGUCUCUGGUAUAAGAUCGACACUAACUUCAAAUUUAUCCUCUUCAACUUCCUUUUUAUCGUCAUUAGCAUUGCAUCCUCAUAGAAUGAUGUUGUCAGCUUCCAAUUCUCAUGAUACAAAAAUCAGUAUAUAUACAUGUCAUAAAAAGAAGUUUGAAUAA